AUGGCAUACCGAAUUCCUAAAACAUCUGCUCAAUGGGCUGUUGUCGGCCAGAAUGGACUUCAGGACCUCCAGCUCCAAGAAGUUACCAUUCCACCUCUUGGAGACCACGACUGCUUGAUAAAAGUUGAAGCCGUAUCUUUGAACUUUCGAGAUAUAGCCAUCAUUCGGAACCAGUAUCCCCUUCCUGUGAACAUACCUCACAUUCCUACCUCGGAUGGUGCGGGUACUGUAGUGGCCGUAGGCGCUCGUGUCAAGUCUUUCAAGGUGGGAGACAAAGUGUCUGCUACAAUCACUCCCAUUCAUCUAGCCGGCCGAAUAGAUUUUGAAAAAGUUUCGUCAACCCUAGGAGGAGGUGGCACAGACGGUUGGCUACGCCAGUACGCCACAUACGAGGAACAGGGACUGGUACCUAUUCCUCGUAAUUUGUCUGCUAUUCAGGCAAGUGCACUACCCGGUGCAGGCAUUUCGGCCUGGAAUACUCUCUAUGGAAGCGAAAACACCAGCAGUGCUGUCACAAGGAUCAAACCAGGAGAUAUUGUCCUGACUCAAGGAACUGGUGGAGUUAGUCUCUUCGUGAUCCAAUUAGCCGUGGUAGCAGGGGCGACUGUGAUUGCAACAACAUCAACCUCUUCAGGCAAGAAGGUAGAACUACUUAAGAGUCUUGGGGUGAAACACGUCAUCAAUUACAACGAAGACAAAAACUGGGGAGAAACUGCAAAAAGACUCACACCCAAUGGCGUUGGCGUGGAUCACGUUGUUGACGUCGGAGGCGCAAAUACCCUUGAUCAAUCACUCAAAGCAGUCCGCUUUGAAGGAACUGUUUCUGUUGUGGGAUUCCUUGCGGAUGAUGGAAAUUCUGGAUCUGGUCCCGGUUUGAUGUCGACGUUAGCCCGUGCGAUCACCGUUCGUGGUGUAUUGGGAGGUUCGAAGUUACAGCUUGAGGAAUUGAAUCGUGCAGUUGAGAGGCUUGAUCUGAAGCCAGUGAUUGACGAGAAGGUUUUUGAAUUCAGUGAAGCUCGCGAGGCAUACCAGUAUUUGAUGGAGGGACGACAUGUAGGCAAAGUUGUUAUUAAGGUUGAGUAA